AUGGUUUCUUCAAUGGAGAAACACGAGAUGGAAGAUGAGAAAUCGUGGAAUUUCUUUCAACAGCGGCAAGAACAGCUGGUGGAGGCGGUAGUACUAGAGGAAUCCACCAACAAGCACCGUGAACUUGGUCGUCAUUGGAAAAAGUCUAAGAUACUCAAGCCAGAUGACAGCACCUUUCAUGCCAUGAUGAUUGAUGCUGGAUCACAGGGAACUCGGAUUCACUUGUACGAGUUUGAACAGCGCAUCUUGUACAGCAAAAAUGAGAUUGAUAAGGCCUUGAAUGGGUUCAAAUUGAGUUCGCCAACCAGCGAUUCUCGAUGGACCAAUAAAUUGAAACCUGGUUUGGACAGCUUGGCAUUCAUCCGUGAUGAUGAUGAUCUCGCCAAAGCUGUGGAAGACUAUCUGGAGCCAUUGUUUGAGUUUGCCAAAACGGUAUUGGCUGACAAAAAGGAUUCCUGGGAUAGAUUCCCAAUCUACCUAAAGGCCACCGGUGGUCUCCGCACUCUGCCCACGGCUGAUCGGAUCCGCCUCAUUAACACUAUUCGCAAAGUCUUCCACGACACAAAAUUCAAUCCCUUUGAAUUCGAAGAUGAACGGUGCCGCGUUAUUAGUGGGGAAGAGGAAGCCAUUUAUGGUUGGGCUGCUGUCAACUACAUCAAGGGAACUUUGGUCUUGGAAUCUGAAGGUGCUGGAACAGUCUUGAAUCCAAGUUUGACAUAUGGUAUGAUUGAAAUGGGUGGUGCAUCGACACAGAUUGGUUUCUUCGAACCAAAUGGUGAUCUAAUGGCCAACUUGUUCAAAUUGCAAAUUGGCGGUGCCCGUCACUGGAAUGUCUACGUGCACUCGUUCUUGUAUUUUGGUGUCAAUGGAGCUUGGGCCCGACUCAAUGCUCGACUCCACGAAGGCGAAUCCUUUGGAUUGGUUCUGAGAAAUGAAACUGGCUUUGUGAAUCCAUGCUUGCCAGUGGGAUCCUCCUUUCCCUACUCUUCCUGGAUCCACGCCAAUAUUGCGGGACAACUCUUGCCUCGCAGUAGUCCACAAAGCACCGUGUACGAGACUGUCAUGCACAACGAAGAGGCUGACUUUCAAGCCUGCAGUGAGAAGGCUAGAAUUCUCUUGCGCAAGAAUACCAAUUUGGAGUGGGUCGACUUUUCGCACGAUGGGGAUGCUAGUUUUGCUGGCAUCUAUCAACCACCUUUGCCCAUUAACGAGACUGCGAUUGGUGGCUUCAUUGCCACUAGUAACUUUGCAGAUACCUGGGAAUUCUUGGACUUGAAUGCGACCUCCCCCAUUUACUUGGUCCAAGAAAAGGGUAAGAAGAUCUGUAAUAUGACCAUGGACGAACUGGAAGAGUACAAUAGUAAUCUCAAACAAGGCUCGGUGGACGACAAGGAGAUUUAUCAAAUGUGCUUUCGAUCCGUCUUUAUCUACGAAAUGCUGACCACUGGAUAUGGGUUCCCGACCGACUACAAAAUCACUGCCGUGGAUACGUUGAAUGGGUUCAAAUUGGGUUGGUCGUUGGGUUCCAUCCUGUACGAAGUCAAUGCUCUGCCAUGGGAGGUGGCGCGUUCAGUCAAGGUCAAGGCAACGAAUGCCACACUGGAAGACGAACCAGACGAAUGUAUCGAUGUUGAUGAUGAUGACGACGACGACGACGACGAUGAUGAUGAUGAUUCCGUGUCCAGCAAAAAGUCUAGCAAGAAAUCCAAGAAGGACUCGAAAAAGUCUAGCAAAAAAGGAGCCAAAGUGGACUCCGCAGCUACCGUCGAUACCGCAUCGCUGUCCAAGGCUGCUGGACUACCAGGCUCUGGAGAAAGCACAUUCGGUCGUCAUGCUGGAAUGGCACCAAUGUUGUUUGCCUUUGCAUUUUUGGCGUUGGUCAGCGUAUUCUAUCGCCGACGCAACCGUGGGCAGGGAUACCGUUCCAUUCCCACUACCACUGCACAAUUGGAGUGCUGA